AUGAUUGGUGGCCUGUUCGUGUACAAUCACAAAGGAGAAGUUCUUAUCUCACGCAUAUACCGAGACGACGUCACGCGAAAUGCGGUCGAUGCAUUCAGAGUCAAUGUUAUCCAUGCCAGACAACAGGUUCGAACGCCGGUGACGAAUAUGGCUCGCACCUCUUUCUUUCAUAUAAAAAGGGGAAACGUCUGGAUUUGUGCCGUAACCCGCCAAAAUUUCCUGAAUAAAUUCGCCGAUACAAUGCAGUCAUAUUUUGGCAAACUCAAUGAGGAGAACGUCAAAAACAACUUCAUUGUGGAUUUCGGUUACCCGCAGAACACGGAUCCAGGGGUUCUUAAAACGUUCAUCACUCAACAAGGUGUGCGCACUGCGACCAAAGAGGAGCAGUCUCAGAUAACCUCGCAGGUGACUGGGCAAAUAGGAUGGAGACGAGAAGGCAUAAAAUACAGACGAAAUGAGCUGUUUCUCGACGUCAUUGAAUACCACAGUGCAUCAGUGGCGAUUCGACUGCCGCUUUCCCAGUGUGUAAAACUUACAAAGUUCGACACUGAGCACGCAAUUUCCUUUAUUCCUCCGGAUGGAGAGUAUGAGCUGAUGAGGUAUCGAACCACAAAGGAUAUCCAGCUUCCAUUUCGUAUUAUUCCUCUGGUGCGAGAAGUGUACAGAAACAAAAUGGAAGUUAAGGUUGUCGUGAAGUCCAACUUCAAGCCGUCGUUGUUGGCUCAGAAGAUUGAGGUGCGAAUUCCCACACCACCCAAUACAUCUGGAGUUCAACUGAUUUGCAUGAAAGGCAAAGCAAAGUAUAAAGCUGGGGAAAACGCCAUUGUUUGGAAGAUCAAACGUAUGGGAGGGAUGAAGGAAAGUCAAAUUUCGGCUGAGAUCGAUUUGUUGUCCACAGGCUCGGAAAAGAAGAAAUGGAAUCGUCCUCCCGUCAGCAUGAAUUUUGAGGUACCGUUCGCUCCUUCUGGAUUGAAAGUGCGCUAUCUGAAGGUGUUCGAGCCAAAAUUAAACUACUCAGAUCAUGAUGUGAUUAAAUGGACUACCUUAUCGAGUCGUGGUACCAAGGCUGAUCAAACAUACUAUAACAUGAAAUAUGGUUCGAUAAAAGCAUGCGAGCCUAUAUGA